UAUUAAAAGAUUGCCCCAUCGUUAAUUGUGAAAGCACUGCCCAAAGUCUCAAAGCAAGACUGAUCAUUGACCCAACCCAUUCCUCACUCCCAUCUAUUUAAAUAUUCUACUGGAUUUUUUCAAAGCAAAUUAUUCAUAGUUACAUAUAUACUCUUUUUUGCAAAUUAGGCUUUCAAGGCAAACAGAUCAUUAAAUGCUUAGAAUGAGCAGUAUGCAUAGCACUAUAUCCUUCAGCUUUAGAUGUUCAAAUCUCAUCGCUUUCUUCAUAUUAGUGUGCUUUUUAGGGUCUCCAUAUGUGGAAUUUGUGAAACUCGGCCUGGCCACUGAAGUUUCCAACAUCACGUGCAUUGACAAAGAGAGAAAAGCACUUCUCGCCUUCAAACAAAGUCUCACUGAUCCUUCAGAUGGUCUUUCUUCUUGGGCAGGUGAAGAUUGCUGCCAAUGGGGAGGCAUCGAAUGCAACAACGUGUCAGGGCAUGUCAUCAAGCUCGAUUUAGAUGGUUCCCGACUUGAAGGGGAAUUGCCUGAUUCAUUAGGAACAUUGGUGAAUCUGCAAGAACUUUCACUCAGUCAGAACUCUUUUUGGGGUUCGAUCCCAGCAUCCAUUGGAAAUUUGUCAUCCUUGCAAGUAAUGGACCUCUCUUAUAAUAGCAUGAAUGGAACCAUUCCUGAAAGUUUUGGACAACUCUCAAAGCUUGUCGAUCUUUAUCUCCAAGAAAAUUCAUGGGAAGGUGUCAUAUCAGAAGUCCAGUUGAUGAAUCUCACAAGACUAGAACACGUCAUGCUAGGAACAAGCAGCACAAUCAAGUCCUUGAUUUUCAAUGUGACAUAUGAAUGGAUACCCCCUUUCAGACUCGAGUCACUUGAACUAAGAAACUGCCUAGUAGGUCCUAGAUUUCCGAUGUGGCUUCAAGUUCAAAGUGAAUUCACCUUAGUGAUCCUAGAAAAUGUUGGGAUUGAAGACAUCAUACCCGAUGAAUGGUUCUCCACGAUAUCUUCUCAACUUACCUACUUGGACCUCUCCAACAAUGGAAUCAAGGGGAUGCUGCCGCACCAUUUAGAAUUUCCAAAAAUAAGUGUUAUCAACUUGAGUUACAAUCGUUUUGAGGGACCUCUCCCACUUUGGUCCACUAAUGCAUCUGGAUUUUAUUUUCAGGGCAAUUCAUUUUCCGGGCCAAUUCCAAAAAAUAUUGAUGAAUUAAUGCCUCAAUUGGAAGAUCUGUAUCUGUGGGAGAACCAUCUCAAUGGCACGAUCCCAUCAUCGAUAUGUACAAUGAAGGGCUUACAAGUACUUUCCCUUAGGUCCAAUCAAUUAUCCGGGGAGCUCCCUCAGUGUUGGAAUGAAUCUCAACCCUUGUGGGUCGUGGACGUGGCCAACAACAAUUUAUCUGGUAAGAUUCCAAGCUCAAUGGGUUUACUAUAUUCUCUCCGUAGAUUAUUGUUGAGUAAUAAUAGUCUAGAAGGAGAAAUUCCUCCUUCCUUGGGGAAUUGCUCAGGAUUAAAUAGCAUUGAUCUUGGAGACAAUAGAUUAUCAGGAAACCUACCCUUGUGGAUAGGAGAGAAUGCAACAGACUUUUGGAAGAUACGCUUGCGGUCUAACUCCUUCAGCGGAAACAUCCCUCUAAAAUGGUGUAAUCUUCCAAUUCUUCACAUCCUAGAUCUUGCGCACAACAAUCUUUCAAGCGUUAUUCCAAACUGUUUGGGCAAUCUGACUUCUUUGGUUGAUGGUAAUAGCAGCAAAUGGGAAAUGUACACCUUAGCCACCGGCAGGGGCUACUAUGUGGAAGAAACAACUGUUGUGUCAAAAGGAAGCGAACUUCAAUAUGGCAAAACUCUGCUUUAUGUCAAUAGCAUUGAUCUUUCAGGAAAUAGCCUAGUGGGUGAAAUACCCGAAGAGAUAACAAGCCUCAAUGCAUUGGGCACCUUAAAUCUUUCAAUGAAUCAUCUCGACGGACACAUCCCAAAUAAUAUUGGAAACUUGCGAUGGUUGGAGACCUUGGACGUUUCAAACAACAAUCUUUUAGGACCGAUUCCACAAAGCUUGUCGUCUUUGACCUUUUUGGCUCACUUAAACCUAUCUCACAACAACUUGACAGGGAGAAUUCCAUCAGGAAAUCAGCUCCAAACGCUCGAUGAUUUAUCUAUUUAUGAAGGUAACCCUUUGCUCUGUGGCCUUCCUCUUCCAACCAAAUGUCCAGGUGAUGAUGAUAAAUCUACUGUACCUGCUCCCCGUGGAAGUUCAGAAGGCAUUCAUAGUGAAAAGGAUUCCGAAAUGUUAUGGUUCUAUGUUAGCAUGGGAUUGGGAUUCGUUGUUGGGCUUUGUGGUGUUUGCUGCACUUUGCUGAUGAAAGAAUCAUGGAGAAAAGCAUAUUUUCGAUUUGUAAGGAUAUGAUAGCUAAUAUAUCUGUAUCAGAUGUGGUUCUCUUCGAAAGAAAUAAGUCCGGAAAGAAACUGUGUGUGUGGAUUCGUAAUGUUGUAGCUAUGUGGUUCAUGGACACUUUAGCAGUGUUCAUAUAUUAUGUUCUUGUUCUGUACUCUGACAUGCAUUAUAUACUAUGUUCCUUUUUCGUCC